AUGAAGGUUGUCAAACCGCACGCGAGUGCUGUGUUUGUACCUGCGCCUUUCGCAGCCGGUGCCAUCAUCGAGGCCAUCGAGGCCGAGGUCCCGUUGGUCGUGUCGGUUGCUGAGCACGUCCCACUGCACGACAUGGCGAGGGUCCAGGAGAUCUUGAGAACGCAGAGCAAGACCCGCCUUGUCGGGCCCAACUGCCCCGGCAUCAUUGCCCCUGACCAGUGCCGCAUCGGAAUCAUGCCAUACAAGCAAUAUUCCAAGGGCGUGGUGGGCAUUGUCUCGAAAAGCGGGACGCUAAGCUACGAGGCUGUUGGAGCCACGACGAAAGCAGGACUCGGCCAGAGUAUCGUCGUGGGGAUGGGAGGCGAUAUGAUGCCUGGCACAACCCUGCUUGAUGGCCUCAAACUGUUCUUCGGGGACGAUGAGACCAAAGGCGUUAUUGUGAUUGGAGAGAUUGGCGGGGAGGCCGAGCUCAGAGCGGCCGAGGCCAUCAAGGCGUACAGAAAAGCGACUCCGAUCCCAAAGCCGAUCAUUGCGAUGGUUGCCGGGAGGACAGCGCCGCGCGGAAAGACGAUGGGCCAUGCCGGUGCCCUCCUCUCGUCGAGAGACGUGCCCGCUGACGACAAGGCAAAGGCGCUGGAGGAGGCGGGAGCUGUUGUUGUGCCUCAUCCAGGAGUAAUGGGCACUGAGAUGAAGAGGCUGCUGGAUCUGUAG